AUGUCUAAAGUUCUCACUGUCUUCGGUGCCACUGGCAACCAGGGAGGGUCAGUAAUCAAGCACAUCCUCGCCCACCCCAAGCUCUCCUCCAUAUACACGAUUCGAGCCAUCACUCGUGAUGCCAGUAAGCCAGCCGCCCAGUAUCUCAAAACAAGGGGCUGUGAGAUCUUCGAAGCCGACUUAGACGACCCCAAGUCCGUAAGAAAAGCCAUCAGAGGCUCGUCUGCUGUAUUCGGAGUCACAGACUUCUGGGCCAAACUCUCCUACGACGAUGAAGUCACCCAAGGAAAGUCCAUUGCCGACUCCGCUAAAGAUGCCGGUGUCGAUCAUUUGAUCUGGUCGUCUCUGGUGUACGUCUCCAAAGCCACUGAUGGCGUUAUAACCUCUGUCAAGCACUUCGAUAGUAAGGCUGUUGUUGAAGAGUAUAUCCGCAGUCUGAACAUUCCAGCAUCAUUCUACAUGCCGGGAAUGUUUCUUUCCAGUCUGUACAGUAUGUUUCGACCAGGACCCGACGGUGUAUAUGCCUUGAAUCUGCCUUUUCCCACUACCACGAAGAUCCCAACCAUCGCUUCUGAUGUUGACUCUGGGGCUUUCAUCGCUGCGAUGCUACUCGAAGGACCGACAGGUGAACGUGUCGCUGCGUCGACUGAGCUAGAGUUUGCGGAGGCAGCGAAACAAUAUGAAGCUGGAACAGGACGCAAAGCCGUGGCCAAUGAGCUCUCAGCCGAGCUCUUCGCAAGUUACCUGCCGGAGUCCGUCCGCGAAGAGUUGAGCGGCAAUAUGAAACUUAUCCGCCCAGAUGUUGGUGGUUACUACGUAGGCGAGCCUGUUGACGCAAUCGCCAAAGGAAACCAACUUCUCGAAAAGCAUGGCCUUGGACCGCUUAUCAGCUUCGAACAAUAUGCUAAGAACACUGCCGCAAAGGAAGCUCAAUGAGAGACUGUGAGUGUGCCUAUGGUCAACGUUGCUAUCUUUAGUCUCACAGAAUGAAUGUAAAUGGUUGUCUCCUUCCACUUUGCUGUCCUCCAUCUUGAGCCCAUUGUUUCUGUGCUCGCAAGUUAGAGCUCCUCAAUGCAAGAGCCAGACAGACGGCGAGUAUCCCAAC